CUAAUUUAUUGAUAUGCAUAGUGAGCAAUAACUGUGUUAAUAUUGUGAAAAAGACUAAUUAUGAAUAAUCAAUAAAUUAGUAAUUAGUAUGUAUUAAAUACUAAGGAAAUGUCAAUUGUUGAGAAUUGGUAAUAUUUGACAUAAUUAUGUUGACUUGUUAAAAAAUUCACAAGUAGGCUAUUGCUAAACAUUAAUAAGUUGUUUGUUUAAGAAGCCAAAGCAGAAUCACAUAUGCAUCCAAACACUUCAAAACUCUUAUAGAGUAUAUUGUCCAAAAUCAAAGUUAAUGGCGAUUCAAUUGUCUCUGGAAACACUUCGUGAUUUGCUGAUUGAAGAAGGCAGGUUUUUAUACGGUGUAAGCGAUGAAGUUAAGAAAGUCGAGAGGGAUCUCAAAACCAUCCAUUGCAUCUUGAUGGAUGCUGACAAAUGGCGAGACAGACACAAGGCUGCAAUCUUAGGUGAUUGGAUCGAUGAGCUCGAUGAACUGGCUUCAAGAGCUGAGUAUGUGCUCGAAAGAUAUGCUAUUGAAGUCACAUCCAGAAGAGGUGGAAACCUGAUGAAAAAGUUGAAAAGGUUCGGUUGCAUAUUCGGCGAGUGCUUAACAAGCCAUGAGGUUGGAGAGGAGAUUGAAGCCAUUAGAUCCAGCCUGACCAUUCUGACGGGGAGGUUGCAAACAAUAGUCCCCGGUGGGAGAUCCUCGAAUCCAACGGACGAUCACCAACAUUACUCGAGACUAGCUUUCGAGCACGACUCUGAACAACAUUUUGUUGGUAUGGAGAAGGACAUAGCGUCUCUGGUUUCACUGGUGAAGAAUAAACAGAUUCCCAUGAUUGCAAUUUAUGGAAUGGGAGGCCUUGGGAAGACCACUCUUGCCAGGAAAAUUUACCAUCACAAGAAGGUGGUACCUUGUUUCGAAGCUCGUGCCUGGGUUUGCAGUACACAACAGUUUCAACCCAAGAUUGUUUUAAGCCAAAUUCUGAAGCAACUUCUUCUUGAUGAAGAGAAUGAACGGAUCAACGACAUGGAACUCGCUGAGGUGGUGGUGAAACUUCAUAAUUUUCUGAUGCAGAAGAGAUGCCUCAUUGUGAUUGAUGAUAUCUGGGAGACCGGUCACUGGAACAUCUUGGAGCCAGCUUUUCCGAAAGCGGGUGAUAAAUGUAAGGUUAUACUUACCACUCGCAACAGAGAAGUUUCUCCGCGAAAAUUUUGUCUUUACGAACUCCGUUUUCUGGCUGAAGAUGAAGGUUGGGAGUUACUUCAGAAACUAGCAUUUACCACUACCAGAGGUCAGUUUCUGCCAUCCGACCUCGAACAUUAUUUAUUUUCUGUCUUGGUCUUCCAUCAUGCAGAGCGGCCUGAAACUGAACAAAAUUUAGAGGAUGUCUCUUUCUAUAGUGCCAAGUUUGAGAUUGAAGAAAGCCUACCCGAAGUGUUUCACAAUGCCGAGCCCGAAACGGAACAAAAUUUAGAGGAUGUCUAUUUCUAUAGUGCCAAGCUUGAGAUUGAAGAAAGACUACCCGAAGUGUAUCACAAUGCCGAGCCCAAAACGGAACAAAGUCCACUAGAAGCUAUUGGAAGACAAAUGGUCCAAAAAUGUGGCGGUCUACCUCUAGCAAUUACAGUUCUUGGAGGGAUUUUGUGCGAAAAACUAACAUCGAGCGAGUGGAAGAGGGUGAGCGAAGACGUUGAUUUAUAUUUGAAGCGUGGGGAUGAAAAAGUGAAGCAAGUACUGGACUUGAGCUACGAUGCCUUACCUUACUAUUUGAAGCCGUGCUUCCUCUAUUUAGGAUGUUUCCCCGAGGAUCAAGAAAUAGAUACAGAAAGAUUGUAUUUAUUGUGGAUGGCAGAAGGCCUUAUUUCUUCUGAAGAAAAAGGAAGAAAAGAAACUUUGAGGGACGUGGCUGAACGUUAUUUGAAUGAACUAGCAUCUCGAUGUAUGGUUCAAGUACGAAAGCAUGAGUAUUGUUCCAGUGCGUAUAAUACAUUCAAAUCAUGUCGCCUUCAUGAUCUGAUCCGUGAUCUUUGUUUGUCAAAGGGAAAGGAAAAAGGUUUUCUCAAGCUCAUUGAUCAAACAAAUUAUGCUCCUAUCCAUGUUGCGAGCAGAUUAGCCAUUCAUUGUGAUGGAGCUGCACGCGUGGAUAAUAACUAUUUUAACAAGGGAGAAGAAACGAACCUGAGAUCUUUUCUAUUCCUCUGUAAAGGAUGGCGCCGUAGAUCGCUAGUGAUUGGUUCUAAAGGCAGUGCAAUCGAUUUCAACAAGUUGAAACGUCUCAGGAUUCUUGCUCUGGAAAAUGGUGAAUUUAUAUUAUCUAGCGAGGUAGGUAAUCUAAUCCAUCUGAGAUACUUGAGUUUGUACAAGAGUUGUGUGGAAGAGCUACCAUUGUCGGUUUUCAACUUGCCGUAUCUGCAGACGUUGGAUUUGAGAACGACAAUGCAAAUAAAGGUGCCGAAUGUGAUUUGUAAGAUGAAAAGAUUGAAGCAUCUGCUUCUCAAAGGGAUACAAGUCGUUGGAGAAUAUGGAGACCAACUGAUUCUGGAUGGGUUGGAGGAGUCGUUGGAGACCUUACGAGAUGAGUCGCAUCCUUCAUGUGUUCGGUUUGCGGACAUCCCCAAAUUAACAAAUUUGGUAAAUCUGAAAAUUGAAGUUGGCAGUAAUGUUGAACUCUCAAUCAUUGCCCAACGCAUGAGCUGCAGAAAUACCCAACUACGCGAGUCACAUCUUUCUAUUUCGAAUUGCGACUUCAAUCCAGAGAGAGGAUCGAACUAUACGAAUUUAAGGAAGAUGUUGAUGUCUCCCUCACUCGCCACUCUCAAACUCAACAACUCUACAUGUAUCAGUUUGCCACGCUAUCAACAAUGGAUGUGUGCAAAUUUGAUCGACUUUUCACUUUACGAGGGUGGUACCAUUGAGGGUGAUUCUUUAAUGAGAAUAUUGGGAAAGUUUCCCUUGUUAAAAAGGCUUAGCUUGUCCCAGUUAAAAUUCACCAAAGCAGAAAUAAGGUGCCUUGCAACUUCAUUUCCACAACUCAAGUUUCUUAACCUCCAUUGCUUAUCCAAUUUAGAGAGAUGGGUGGUGGAUAAAGGAGCGAUGCCCAAUCUUUCUCGUUUGCAGAUUAGUUUGUGCGAGAGAUUAGAGAUGAUUCCUCAUGGAUUGAGAUAUAUCACUUCCCUCCAAGAAUUAAAUUCUGUGUUUAUGCCCAAAGAGUUCAACGACAGAUUACGAGUGGUCAACGGUGAACCAAGAGAAGAUUAUCGCAAAGUUUGUCACGUACCAUCUAUUACACUCUAUGACGACUCUAGAAUGAAAGUCGGUUCCAUUAAACAAAACAAGUAUCACACAAAAUUUCCAGUAAGGGCGCCACACAGUUUUUAUACUGAAUGCAACAAUGAUGACUCGAACCGCGAACAGGACGAGCCCCGACGCAGCGAACAGUACGAGCGCGAACGCAGGGUUUCCCCACCGGUUGCCGAGAGCCCUAAGAUGUAAGGGGCACCAAGUUUUUUUUCUUCUUUGUUUAUUUGUAUAUUUGUGUAUUUAUGAGGUUGUGGUUGUUUUGCUUUUGGGUGAUGGUUUUAUUGCACUUCCAAGUUAUGUCAAUUGCUUUGGCAAAAUAGAAGGUUCUAUUCCGGGAUAA